AUGUGCGCGACCGAGGACAGCCAGGGCCGUCGACUGGAUUAUGUCCCGCAGAUGACACCGGCGGUUCUCCACAGAGGCAUUCUCCUCGAUGGCGGCAGCGGCGACGACGACGACUGGAAGGUUGGCUAGACGUUGAGCUAGCUCGUUACUGAAAUGGAGAUGGUGAGCAGGCAAAGAAAACAAGGCAAUAUUCAGAUUACUUCGAGGUCUUCCCCAGGCAGUAAGCGAAUCAGCAUUUUGAAGAUGACGAGACAAUGGUCGGCCCACGUGUUGGCACCCGGGAUCGCCUUUUUCACCAGCACGUUUCGCUGGUCUCGCCUCCGGACGAAGACAGCCCAGCAGGUGCCGGUGUCGCGACCGAGGAUGCAUUCAGAUUGUCCUUUCUCGCAUCAUGAGAUGGAAGCAGGUGUUGAUCAGGAGCCGGUGUUCUGCCCAGGUUCGUAGGAGGAGUACGCCAUUGUCGUCAUAACCGCCUAAAUCACGGGGACCCAGCACUCCUCUCCAGGUAGCAGGGUUUGUGCCGACACGGACGUUGAAGUCACUAAGUGCAAUCAACUUAUCCGCCUUCGGCACAGACGCCAGGAGGGCGUGCAGGUACUCGCUAAAUUUGUUCCUUGCAGCGUCAGGUCUGGUCAUUGGUGGGAGGAGGGGGUGGGGCUGUAGGCGUUGACGAUUGUGGCGAAUUUGCCUCCCUGGAGAGGCAGGCGGAGGCUUAUCAGGCAAGCAUUGAUGCUCUGUGGCAGUCAGGGCAGCCGUACCAUGAUGUCGUUCCGGAUGGCAAGGGCGACCGCGUCCCGUCGCUCCGCCUUCAGGCGACCGCGCCAGAGGAAGGUAUAGUCGGCACCAACCUCCUCCAGUUGGCCUUGUUCGGAGAACUGGGUUUCGCUUAG